AAUGGUAGAUUUGAUACUUUGUACACCCUUUUUUUAAUAAACCAAUGUAGGAAAAUCAUCAGCAGGGUUUACUCAUCUGCCAUUUUCGUUGUGGAAAGGUAAUGUUUUUACCUUUAUGAAAAAAUCAACUGCAAACUUUUACAGAAAAAAAAGAAAAAUUCUCUUUUGCUUUGUUCACAAACCGUUUCUGAACAAGCGGUUAUCAAAAGCUGCAAGUCUUUCAAAGUGGAGAAAAAGAAGGAAACAUGCACCUCUCUCUCACAUGCACCAUCACGAUUCACUUGCUUAUAUGGUAAUGAAACCACCAACGCCCAUUUCAGAAGUUCAAAACAGAUGCCAAAUUCUUCACUUCUUUUCUGCUUCUUCUCUCUCUGGAUACUGUCCUCAAUCUCAUUAUCAGAUGGCAUUCAACUCAUACUAGUAAACAACUGCAAAGAAAGCAUAUGGCCUGGAAUCCUCGGAACUACUGGGCAUGAAACUCCUCACAAAGGCGGCUUCCGUCUCUUCAGUGGGGAGCAAACAGUUCUUGAAGUCCCUCAUAAAUGGUCAGGCAGAAUCUGGCCAAGACAAGGUUGUUGUUUCAACCAAACAACCAGCAAAGGCUCAUGCCUAACUGGGGACUGCGCCGGUCUCCUGCAAUGCAAUGGUGUCGGCGGAGUCCCCCCCGCAACAGUAGUAGAAAUGACUCUUGGCACCAUGGAAUCUUCCUUGCAUUACUAUGAUGUGAGUCUCGUUGAUGGAUUCAAUGUUCCUGUUUCAAUGGCACCUGUAGGUAGCAGUGCAGGCUGUGGAGUUGCAGCAUGUGAGGCUGAUUUGAACAUCUGCUGCCCUACUAAUUUGAUUGUGAAGCGACAAGGGAAAGUGGUAGCUUGCAAGAGUGCAUGUAUUGCUGCAAAAUCCGAUAGGUAUUGUUGCACUGGGGAGUUUGCAAAUCCAAAAAGCUGCAAGCCGACUAUUUUUUCCACUCUAUUUAAAGCAAUUUGCCCCAGGGCAUAUAGCUACGCCUAUGAUGAUUCCACAGGUCUGAAAACUUGCAGGGCUCCUCAUUAUGUCAUAACAUUUUGUCCUCCAAAUUGAUGGAAUAAUUACUGAUAUUGUUUCCAGUGCUUGUAACUGGAUUUCUAGUUAUGAUUCAGUUUAUAUCAUGAGCGAUCGCCAAAUGUGUAGUUGAAUUUAAUGUCAACUGAAAUUUGUAGAAGAAUGAAGAUUUCUUCUCGUUUUGUCUCA